AUGAAGAGCAGGUGUAUGAUGCAGUGAUGACCUGGGUUCUUAUUGAUUCAUGUACAAUGUACAUAAACAAUAAUGUUUAGUGUACAGUAUGAAGAGCAGGUGUAUGAUGCAGUGAUGACCUGGGUUCUUAUUGAUUCAUGUACAAGAAGAGAACACUUACACAGUUUAUUCAAGGAGAUUCAGUGGCCCCUAAUAAGAACUCCCAAAUACUACUCAGAUACUAUCAAUGAUCCUUUUGUUAUGGAGGACAAACGGUGUGCCAGGAUUAUGGAGAAGGCUGAGGAAUAUUUUAAUAUGAGCUACGAGGAAAAGAUAAACUAUUGGAAAGAAAAUGAAAAACCUUCCAGAUGGCCAAAACUGCUGGCUGCGUUGUCCUAUGCUGAGAAGCUGAUUGAAUGUUAUGAUUUUGAAGAAGAGAACUCGUUUAUUAUUACAGAAAAACCAGGUUAUGUAUUUGGAUCUUCAAUGUGUUGUCUUCAUGGAAAGCUCUACACAAUUGGUGGUGUUCAGUCUAAAUCCGUGGAUCAGUAUGAUUUAGAAAAAGAUGAAUGGAAGGAUUUCUUUCCAAGUCUUCGACAUUGUCGAGUAGCACACGGAGUAACUACGUACGGAAACCAGAUUUUUGUGACUGGAGGAUCAGCUAAGGCAAAUGCAAACUUUGGUCCUGGUCUGUAUGAGAUGGAGAUGAUUGAAUUAGAUGAGAAUAGUAAAAUCCUUCAUGAUUGGAAGGUGGCAGGGACCAUGAAAGAGGGACGAAGCUUCUUAGGGUCUGCUGCUGUGAAUGGAAAGGUAUACAGCAUUGGAGGCUGCCUUAGUGAAGAGUUUUCAACUACAGAGGUUUGGAAUCCAGAAACAGGGAAGUUUAGUGAAGCUUCAAAAUCUUUAAGCAAAAGAGAUUCUCAGGGUCAGGCAGUUGUAAAUGGAGAAAUAUAUUCAGUUGGAGGAUAUGAUAAUCUUAGCAACAAGUACCUUAACAGUGUGGAGAAAUACACUCCAAGUACAGAUUCCUGGAGUACUAUCCCCCCUAUGAACAUCCCAAGAAGGAGUCCUGGAGUGGUUACCUAUAAAGACAGAAUCUAUGUGGUGGGUGGCAUGGGUGUGGAUUCUGACCUAUCAACUAUAGAGGUGUACAACCCUACCACCAAGGAGUGGAAGAUGUUAAACUACGAGAUGAAAGAAGUCAAUGGAUGGUGCACUGUGUGCCUAGUUGAUAAACCUGUAAGAAUGGUUAGUGAGCCUAGAAUAUAUGCUAAAUAUGGAAAGGACCGAGGGUUCUGUAAUCUCAUCGCCACUGGAGGGCUGGACCUAGAAAGCCUGGAUUCUGAUGAUAUAUACUCUAGAAGAGAGAGUAUUGCCAGCUCCAGCGGAUAUGGUGAUACGCCCACGGAGAAAGUAAAUAUUGACUGGAAAGCUACAGAAAAUGCUAGAACUGAACAAAGGAUGAAACACAGGAAAGAGUUACAAUAAGACCCACAAGACACUCAUUAAUCCUUUUAUAUACACUGUUAACCGUAAUUUAAUACAGUGUAGAGAAGACUGUUUAUUUUCAGUUAAAUUUCAAUAAAUUUCUAUUGUUAAAAAUAAUAA